GCAUGUCGAUUUGUCUGUGAUAGACUGUUAAUCACGAGAUAUCAUAAGACAAUGAGAUAAUAUGCUCUCCAUUUUCGAAUUACAUGAUAUAUUAGACCUCAUUGUUUUUUUUUCUAUAUUAUUUUAAACAUAUAUGAUUAUAUUACACACCGUGUAAUUCGGGAAUUUUAUGUCAAUUUAUUUGUGUUAUUAUAUCAUGGAUUCAUGCUAGCCAAAAAAAUAAUAUUAUGAAUAUAUGAAUUCCCAUUUCCCAUUAUUCUUCUACCUACAAAAUAGAUGAAUCUAUACACAUGUUUUUAUCUUGUAAAUAAACAAGAAAAGGACACUCUGGAUCCAUCCUACAUUAGUUUAAUCGUAAAUAAUCAUUCAAAAAGAUCUUUCAAAAUUUGCUCACCUACGUUCUCAACAGAAUAAAUGAAUAAUGCAUUCCGCGUAAUUCGUUCCCCAAUUCUGACCAAAAAUAGAUUAAUCUAUUGCAACCAACAACCAAUUAUGUUACAGCUAGCCAAGGUGAAAGAUAAUAUAACUAGCGCGAACUGCGCGCAGGCUGGCUGAAAACCCAUAAUAUAAUCAUCAACUCCAAAGCUAGCUAGCUAGCUCCUUUCUCCUUCACAAUUCACUAGAAAGCGAUUCGACGAGGUUAGGAUUAGUUGAGUUUUACGUGAAUCGGGUAUUGCUCUGAAACAGCACUUACAAAGUAUUCUUCAAAACAUCUCACCAAAUAUAUAUUUCGAUAUUUCUCAAUAAGGACGACGAUGAAGGCGUUGUGCUCGUUGCGAAAGGCAUCGGUGCUCUCCGAUGGCAGUUUCGCCGGAAUCAAGCUCCGACGGGCUUCUUUCUCCAGUACCUCUCUUCUCGACGACACUCAGUCGCAGUUCAAAGAGAGUGUGAAGCAGUUUGCAGAGGAGCAUAUUGCUCCUCGUGCAUCUAAAAUCGAUCAGGAUAACUCUUUCCCCAAGGAUGUUAACUUAUGGAAAUUAAUGGGAGACUUCAACCUCCUUGGAAUUACUGCUCCAGAGGAAUACGGAGGGCUUGGUCUGGGUUACUUGUACCACUGCAUGGCAAUGGAAGAAAUCAGUCGAGCUUCAGGAGCUGUUGGCCUUUCCUAUGGCGUCCACUCCAACGUCUGCCUUGAUCAACUGGUGAGGCACGGAACACCAGCUCAGAAGGAGAAGUACUUACCAAAGCUUAUCAGUGGGGAGCAUGUUGGAGCUACUUCUAUGAGUGAACCCAAUGCUGGUUCUGACCUCGUUAGCAUGAGAACGAAAGCCGAUCGAGUGGAUGGUGGCUACCUCAUCAAUGGAACCAAAAUGUGGUGCACAAAUGGUCCAAUUGCUCAAACAUUGGUUGUAUUUGCAAAAACUGAUAUCACAGCCGGCUCGAAAGGAAUCACAGCCUUCAUUGUUGAGAAGGGAACGCCAGGGUUUUAUACAGCACAGAAGCUGGAUAAGCUAGGCAUGAGAGGCAGUGAUACAUGUGAGCUCGUCUUCGAGAACUGCUUCGUUCCCGAAGAAAACGUGCUUGGACAGGAAGGAAAAGGGGUUUACGUGAUGAUGGCAGGGCUCAACUUCGAGAGGCUCGUGUUUUCGGGUGCACCAAUUGGGAUCAUGCAGGCGUGUCUCGACACCGUUCUUCCUUACGUUCGGCAGAGAGAACAGUUUGGGCGGCCAAUUGGGGAGUUUCAGUUCAUACAGGGGAAGGUUGCUGACAUGUAUACUUCCCUGCAAUCGUCAAGGGCUUAUGCAUACUCUGUUGCAAGGGACUGUGACAAUGGAAGAGUGGACUCAAAGGACUGUGCUGCAAUCUUGCUUAAUGCUUCGGAACGAGCUACACAGGUCGCCUUGCAGGCAAUACAAUGUCUGGGUGGCAAUGGAUACAUCAAUGAAAAUCCAACCGGACGUUUUCUUCGAGAUGCCAAGUUGUACGAGAUUGGUGCAGGGACUACCGAGAUUAGACGAAUGAUCAUCGGUCGAGAACUCUUCAAGCAGUACUAGCAAAGUACUGUGGGAUUACUGGCUUUGAUUAAUUUCUCCUAUACAAAUUAAUUCAUGUUGGAAUUAAUCAACUAAUAGCUGGUGCUGGCCUAGAGGUCUUCGUUUUUGUACGUGAGACCAAUGCAUUGUUCAGAAGCUUUCACUGUCAGCAAAGGUCAUAUAUGGUGAUUUUAUUUGAGAUUUUAACAUAAUGGGCAAGAGCAGAAUGUUCUCAAAGCUCUUUCCAGUUUGAAUGGCACAAUUGUGAGCAUAACUCGUCGAAUCCUAAUUACCAACGACGCAACUUACUGUGAUCGACCAAAUAUCGAUUUAUGCAUUCACGAUACAUGCUAAAAGAAUAGCAUCGCUUUUAUCGUAUACUUAACUGGAUUAAACCUAAAAAAAGACAUGUCACCUACGCGCCAAUCAACUCGAGGUUUUGAUCAGGACUACGUACCAGGACAGCAGACAUCAGGGCUCAAUCUACUAGCAGUAGCAGAGAGAGACCAUCAGCCGAGAAGGCAGAAAUCGUUCCUGGGUCCCUACAUCUGGCAGGAAAAAAACCAACAACAAAAAGAGCAACUUUCAUUCAACUUCAUCCAUAUCCCCGUAUUGCUCUGUCCAGUAGGCUGAUGCUUCCUCCUUGCUCCGGAAAGUCCAGAUAUGAGUCUUGGCUUUCUCACGGGUAUUGAGAAUAUCCUGAAAACAGUAACCCAGAUAAGUUGAGGGGAUCAAACUUAAGGAUAAAGCAAGACGAGCAAC